AUGGCCAGGUUUAAAAACGUCAAUGUAUAUUCUGGUCGUAUAGUGGGUGGUGUGAAAGUCGACAUUAAAGACUAUGGAUGGCAAAUUUCGUUCGAACACGAUAGACAACAUUUUUGCAGUGGAUCUAUCAUAACCGACAGCAUCAUUAUUUCUGCAGCACACUGCUUUGAUUGGAAUAUCGAAGCCAAAGAUGUCCAAAUUAGAGCUGGCAGUAGCAAAAUCCACAAUGGAGGAGUUGUAGUGCCAGUUGAAAGAUGGGUAAUUCAUCCUCAAUACAGUAGACAAAAUCAAGAUAAAGAUGUAGCAAUUGUUUUUCUAAAAACAGCUUUGGAAAUGAAUAGUAAUUCAAUUCGCACGAUUCAAAUUAUUGAUAAAAACAUUUCAGUUCCAAAUGAUUCAAAUGUUACAGUUACCGGAUGGGGAUACGUAGAGGAAGAUGUACAAGUUUUUUCGGAAAACCUUCGCGGCGUUUCUAUACCAGUGAUUGACUUUUCUUUCUGUAAACUAUUGUAUGCUGCUCGUUAUACAUUGACAGAACACAUGCUUUGUGCUGGAUUUCUUGACGGAGAAAAGGAUUCGUGCCAAGGAGACAGCGGCGGCCCACUUGUCGAUGAAAAUAAUACUCUUGUUGGUAUCGUAUCUUGGGGCGACGGUUGUGCAAGGGCGGUCAGUCCCGGAGUAUACACACGAAUUUCAUCACCAAUUGUUAGAGAUUUUAUCAGUAAACAUGUUAAAAUUUAA